AUGUCAUCUGAAUUGAAUAAAAAUGAUGUUCGUGGUGUUGGUCCGCUAAUCUUCCAAACACUGUCUUCAUUCUGUGAUUUAUCACUGAAAACUAUUGAAAAUGAAUUAUCAAUAUUUAAUUCAACAAAAUAUGUCACCAAAAAUGUAUAUCUGCAAGAUUUAUUUCAAUCUCAGAGUGAACAAACUGUUGCUUUCUUCAUACAAAGAACAAUUAAUACAUUUCUACUAACACUAUCCGUUGUUAGAGGAGCAAGCACUAGCAAUCAGUUAUAUUCUGGUCUGUUAACAAAUUGGAUAUUUACAACUACAGACUUACUUUUUCCACAGUUUUAUUAUAAUGAUACAGCAAAUUCUAGCAUGUAUUGUUCAUGUAAAAUAGAUCCUACAACUUGCGGUGCAUUAGUCGGUCUCUAUGACAUGGGAAGACCUUUAAUUAUUAUACCAAAUUUUCGUGUAGAUUGUUAUGUGAUUGAAACAAUAUUUUCUUCUACAUUUGAAUGUUUUCACAAUCAAACAUGCUUCAAUUCAUUCAAUAAAUUAAUUUAUUCAAAUUCAACUGCCCGUUUUAAUGCCACGCCGAUGAUUUGGUCUCAAAAUACAAGUCGCUAUCUACCGACUACAAAAAUACAAACAAUUAUUGAACAACUAAUGAUUGAACGGUGGAAUGAUGAAACAUCAUUUGAAUCCUAUUUCAAUGAAUGUAACCCUAAUAAAUGUGUUUAUACAUACAAUAAACAAGUAGAUGUCAUUUAUAUAAUAACAACAAUUGUUGCACUUAUUGGUGGUCUCACAACUGUUCUACGAAUUCUUAUUCCAGCAUUGGUUGCAUUCACUAGACGUAAGAAGCGACCUGUUAACCUUACACCAACACAAACAGGUAAGUGCAGCAUCGUCUCUUAGAAAUUUAAAGUCACUAAGGACACCUGCCGAAAAACAAAAACUUGUCGUUGCCUCCAGCGGAAAUUCAAAUUUUUUUUGACACUCCAAAAAGUAGCUUUAAAUAUCUUCUACAUCCUCCCCAAAAGUUGACUUCCUGUUUGCGGCUCAGUGUGUACGCAUUUCUCCUCAGAAACAUCUAAUUCUUGUUUUUCCUUUUAUUCUACUUUUAACUAACGAACCAACCAGAACCGCCACCGUCUUUCAAAAAGCACUAUGGAAUGCUCGAACAAGUCUUAUUUAAUGGCUGCCGUUAAUGCUUUGACCCGGCUAGUCCGGAUAAUGUGAGUAGCUAGCUUUGUAGAGAAUUUCAAGGGCUAUUACGCAAGGAAUUCUCUAUUGAUUGGUAUAUCUAUCGUAGCGGCUAGUUGAGAAACGUUGAUGAUACGGUACUCAUCGUGGAAUAAGCCACCCACUUUUCACGGCUUUACAGAAAGUAUUUCUUAUGUCAUAGGGGUUCUUCGA